GCCCUAUCUCCCAACCCUCUCGUAACUCUAUUUCAUUAGCCCCUGCUUCGAAAUGGUUAACUGCCUAAUCCUUCUAUCCUACAACUACCAUGUAGGAUUCUCAUCUUGUUCCGAUGUCACUUGUUGCGCAACAAUAUAUUGACAGUAGCUUUAUAUCCUACCUAUAAACGACUUGCCUAUAAAUGAACCCCCUUUCCUCCAACCUCCAACCCAGGUGGUCUCCUAACAACAGGCCUCAUGAAUGGAUCAGGGACCCUUAAUCGGAGCCGAUUGCCGCCGAACCCAUCGGAAAAUCACGACGAUACUUCCUAUAAUGCCGCCUUAAAAGGUGCUUCGCUCGCUUUCCAAAAGUCCACUCCGAGACAAUUGUCUACAACCACCACCCCUUCUCGAAAUGUCGAUAACCGAGCUCUUAUCGCAGCCACCUCGGCUUCACGAGAUCAUUCCCGGGCAGCUAGCCGACAGAAUACGGGUAACGACAGCAGCAUCCACGGUGCAAACAGUAGCCUUGAACACGAACAACGGAUAAAAAACCAGACUUCGGUACAACACUUACAGCCACCCUUCCAUGAUAGCUCCUCCUCCUUGGGGUUUGGGAGCAAGCAAACUACGCCAGAUCCUCGUUCUCCAUCCUUCAUAGCUGCAACCUUGGCCGCCAGCAGAUCUACUAGUCCCGCCCAUCAGCAUCAAACAGCUCAAUCGCAUCCGCACGCCCAGCAGCCAGUCAGGAGUCAACCGAAAUCUAGCCCCGAUGCCAACAGCGCUGCCAGUUCAGUAACGAGCCUCGACUUAACAACAGAUAUGACCUCAAUCCCUCCUACGAACGCUCUUAUAUCGAUGUUUGAAAAGAAGAGAGAUGAUACAGAUCCUAUUAAGAAAGAUGUAGAGGUACCGGAGAGUUCGAAGCCGCUUAGAAUAAAAUCUGUGACUCGACCUCUGACCCCUCCAAGAACAUCGAGCUCUAUUUCUAAGAGUAGCCUAUCCCCAUCAAGACUAGCUAGCGAUAUAGCGUGGCAAAGAACACCAUCUCCUUCAGUUUCAGUGAUGAAGUCAGCCCGGGAGGGACAUCGCCUGACUCAAAAUAUGGCCAUCGAAGCUAAGGCACGCCCCCCUACUCCUCCACCAGCAAGGACGAAGAACAAACCCUACACGCCUUCGCAACCUAGAGCUCUAGAGUCAAGUGGUAAACCGCGCGCUUCUACACCACCAAAGUCUAUUGGAAAGGCGGAUACCGUUAUUCUAUCGCCUCGGCCAACGCGGUCUACUUCCCAACAGAUUCUAUUAAACGACAUACAGGCACAAGAUGCGGUGCGGCCGGGCCAAACGUCCGGGCCAAGGCUACAAUAUCCGGCUCCCUCACAUGAAAUUACAGCCCCAUCCCUCCGGGAAGAUGAUCUUCGUCGGAGUUCGACUUCAUCUAAUGAUACCUUUGUCUCUGCGUCAUCAGUCCCAACACCCCACCCUAGCUCUCCAGAUAGAAGUAGAUCUCGACCAUCAACCCCUAUCACGCCGCGGCAAAGGCGGCCUCCAUCAACACGGGCUAUAUCUACAGAGGCUACCUCCGCUAGUCGUCCACCAGUUCCCCCUCGGCGACAACCGUACAUGAGCUCUCCUAACCUACCCCUGGAUUCACUUACCGAUGCCAUCGUAGCGGGCGCUCUCGCAUCGUCCCGUAUAACGCCAUCAAAGACCCCGCCGCCAAAGCCGCCGUCCCGCAAGCAGACACCACAUAUGCGCCAGACGCUACGCCAUCCGCCUAGCAAAUCGGACGACGAAGGGGUGGCUCGCUCGCGCCACCGCAAACCUCUCGGCAAACUAGGCGGCAACAAGCACAUUCACCACGAAGGUCAGCGUCGCCGCUGGCGCGAAGAAAUCACACUACGCGAGCGCAAGCGGUACGAGGGCGUGUGGGCGAGUAAUCGGGGCUUACUGCUUGUUUCACCAGAUGCCGGGGAUUCCCUAUCCGCUCCUACUUCUACCCCUAACGAAAUAGAAAAAGAAAGGGAAAGGCAAAGGGAACUAGAGCAAGCCGUAGCCAACGUGGUGGUGCGUGAUAUCUGGGCACGCAGCCGGCUACCGCCAGACGAGCUGGCGGAGGUGUGGGACCUAGUGGAUAGACGUGGGCGUGGAUAUCUAGACCGCACGGAGUUUGUGGUUGGGAUGUGGCUUAUUGAUCAGAGGCUCCGUGGACGCAAAAUCCCGCGCAAGGUCUCAGAAAGUGUUUGGGGAAGCGCUAGGGGCGUGAAGGUUGCGGUGCCGAAGGGGGGGAAGUAAGCUUUUGCUUAUACUUCUGCUGGUAGCGGUGGUGGUUGGUGGUGCUAUGACUUCGAACAGUCGUGCUUUUUGGCGGUACGAGUAAAUAAAUGGAUGGGAACGUGAGAAGGCGGGCAGGUUGUGUAUAGACUGGAGAUUGGAUAAGCGCAUGGGAUAAGAGAGAGGAUUGAUACCCCUGUAUAAGUUUAAAGUAGAGUUAUUGGUGGCACUGGUUGCCUAUAGUAUUUAUAAUGACCUAUCUUCGUUUUCUAUGGUGUG